AUGGGCGCUAAACACGCUCGAGCAUCGCUGGCGGACCCUCAGUCAUGUUCUCACUGUGAGUCCAUGUCUGAGAAAAUCCUGGAGAGGAGGCCGAGAGUGGCGGUUGCCAACAGGCAGGACCCAUGUCUGUCUGGAGCCACCCCUAAAGCCAGCACCCAUCAGCCGCGAGCUGAGAUGGACUGGGCGACCAUAAUGGAGACUGACUCCCCAGUUAUGCCUCCUUUGUUCGAGGAGCUCCUCGACCUGGAGCGGGGAGAGGAGGAUGCAGAGGGCGGUGCAAACUCUGACCUCCUUGAUUUGAAUGAGAUGGUGGAUGAGGAGGAUGACUCCACAUUCCCCACUCAGCACUCCAGACCCCCCAGUGCGUCUGAUGCUGCUCCCCAAGUGGACAGCAGCCUUUAUGAGGUCUGCAAACGGGCUGCAGAAAAACUGGGUAUCCAGUGGCCUGCAGCUGAGGACGCAGAGGGGGCAGAAAGAGAUUUGUAUGACGGUAAGAGGCUGCCACCAGCCCAGCCGGCAGCAAAACAACUCCUGCCACCAGUGCCUGCUUGUAUGAAGGAGAUGAGCCGGUACUGGUCCAGCCCGUUUAAGAGUAAACUCCCUGCCAAAGGUUACUCUGAGCUGGAAAUUAAAGGAAUGGGUGAAUUGGGGCUGGCCGAACCCCCAAAGGUAGAGCCUUCAGUGGCUUUUCACCUUCACCCUGACCGCUGCUCUGUGUCAGCGUCCAGCAGCAUUUCUCUGCCAGGCAAAACAGAGCGCCUCACAGCCUCUGUUUUGCAGAGAAUGUACAGAUAUGCUGCACAAUCAGUCUGCUCUCUGAACGCUCAGACUCUACUUUCUGCAUACCAGGCAGAAAUGUUGGAGGAGAUGGGCCGGCAGCUGGACUCCGGAGCCCCUAACCCGGUUCUCUGGGACGAGAUCUGUGUUGUUAAUGACCUCAUCCUGCGCUCCUCACGAGGCGAAGUGCAAGGUUGUGGCCAUGUGAUGGGACUGGCUGUUGCAGGGUCUUUUCGGCCCAGCGCUGGAAUAAAUGAGGGAAACCAGUACCCUCAGGAAGCAGGAAGGCGAAGCCUUCAACCUCUGCCUGCCCAGGAAACAAGUCCCUCGCCCCGCUCGGGCUCAGAGGGCUGGCUUUGCUGCUUCUGCAGCAGCAAGGGGGAGACCAAUGGUGGGUACUUCCUCGUCCCAAAGAAAGGGAGCACAUCACUUCGCCCCAUUUUGGAUCUCCGUGUGUUAAACAAGCACCUACAAAAAUACACGUUCAGGAUGUUAACACACAAAGUGCUUUGCCGCUCCAUCCGUCCGGGCGAUUGGUUUGUAACAAUCGAUCUCACGGACGCGUAUUUCAACAUUGCAAUUUAUCCAUCACACAGGAGGUUUCUCAAAUUCGCUUAUCAGGGAAAAGCCUACGAAUACCAAGUCAUCCCAUUCGGGCUGGCUUUGGCACCGAGGGUGUUCACCAAGUGUGUGGAAGCAGCGCUGUCGUUACGGAGCAGCAGCAUCAGAAUAUUCUCGUACAUAGACGAUUAUCUGAUAUGCUCCCAUUCACGCGAACAGGCAAUCAGAGAUUCAGCUGUGGUGACAGGUCAUCUCAGGAAUCUUGGGUUCAAUAUAAACUGGGGGAAAAGCAGAUUACAACCCAGUCAAUAUACAGAAUACCUGGGGCUCAGCAUAAACUCCCUCUCUUAUCGUGUCACGCUAUCAGAGGGGAGAUUAAUGUCUCUCAUGCAUUGCCUCUCCCUUUUCGAGUGGGGAAAAGUCAUAUCAUUCAGACUAUGCUUACGCCUGCUCGGCCUCAUGGCUUCAGUGAUAUCUGUAGUGCCCCUGAGGCUUCUUAUGAUGAGGGAUUUUCAGCGCUGGGUAUCGGCGUUGCGCCUCUGCCCGCGCAGACACCUCAGCCACCGAGUGAAAGUAACGCCGACGUGUUUGGCUGCUCUCCGCCCAUGGAGGGACGCUGCGGCUCUCGCGUCAGAUGUCGCGCUCGGCACGGUGUCAUCCAGGGUAACCAUGACGACAGACGCGUACCUGUCAGGCUGGGGAGCGACCUUGUCGGACAGAACAGUGAACGGUACCUGGAGCCCGAGGCUGGCUCAGGCCCACAUAAAUGUUUUAGAGCUUUGGGCAGUGUUCCUAGCUUUACAGCAUUUCCUGCAGUUUAUCCAGGGUCACCAUGUUCUGGUGAAAACGGACAACUCCACAAUGGUGGCGUAUAUAAACCGCCAAGGCGGAACUCGCUCACUACAGUUACACACGUUGGCUCGGAAAAUUAUCAUGUGGAGCAGCACACGGCUCCUGUCACUCCUGUCACUGGCGACACAUUUGCCAGGGGUGUUGAACAGGGGGGCGGAUCUUCUGUCACGAGGGAACCCGCUAUACGGGGAAAGGACACUCCAUCCGCAGGUGGUGGAACAAAUAUGGCAGAGAUACGGCCGGGCAGCCGUAGAUCUCUUUGCCUCGCGAGAAAACGCUCAGUGUCCGCUGUAUUUCUCCCUGUCCGAGGUGAAUGCCUCUCUGGGUAUGGAUGCUCUAGCCCACCCAUGGCCAGACGUGCUGCUUUAUGCAUUUCCUCCGCUCAGCCUGAUCUCUCCCACAUUAGCCAGGGUGAGACAGCAGAGUUUGUCGCUGAUUCUGAUUGCACCACAGUGGACAUUGAAGCACUGGGUAGCAGAGAUAACACAAAUUCUGGCAGACGAGCCGUGGCCUCUCCCCAUACGCAGGGAUAUUCUGACCCAAGCGCACGGCGAGAUCUACCACCCGCACCCGGACCGCAUAGCGCUCUGGGCUUGGCCCGUGAGAGGUGGAACCUGA